UGGUGUCACACCGUAACCGCUCGUGCUGAAGUGGAUUCAUCAGAGCCAGAGGAAGAGUCACGAUGAGCGCGCGGGUUCUGGUCGGAGUUAAGCGGGUCAUUGACUAUGCUGUCAAGAUCCGAGUCAAGCCGGACCGCACUGGAGUGGUUACAGACGGCGUCAAGCAUUCGAUGAACCCCUUCUGUGAGAUCGCGGUGGAGGAGGCCGUCAAACUCAAGGAGAAGAAGCUUGUUAAGGAGGUCGUGGCCGUCAGCUGUGGUCCUCAGCAGGUUCAGGAGACGAUCCGGACUGCUCUGGCCAUGGGUGCAGACCGUGGCAUACACGUGGAAGUGUCCGGAAAGGACUACGAGACACUCGGUCCCCUGCAGGUCUCCAAGAUUUUGGCUGCUCUCGCCAAGAAAGAGCAAGCCGAUCUGAUCAUUCUGGGUAAACAGGCCAUAGAUGAUGACUGCAAUCAAACUGGACAGAUGACAGCAGCGUUGCUGGACUGGCCGCAGGGAACCUUUGCAUCUGAGCUGACCUUUGAAGCAGACAAGCUGAAGGUGGUGAGGGAAAUUGAUGGUGGUUUGGAGACCAUUAUGAUCAAAUUGCCAGCCGUGGUGACCGCUGACCUCCGUCUCAACACUCCCAGAUACGCCACGCUGCCCAACAUCAUGAAAGCAAAGAAAAAGAAGAUCGCGAAUGUGAAGCCUGCCGAUCUGGGAGUGGAUGUGAGCUCACGGCUGGAGGUGCUGAAGGUGGAUGAACCUCCUCAGAGACAAGCUGGAGUCAAAGUGGAGACGGUCGAGGAUCUGGUGGGAAAACUGAAAGAGGCUGGAAGAAUAUAGAGGAAGCAGAUGCUGGAGGGCCAACACUGGAGGUCUUUCAUCACUGGUGAUGGAGCAAACUUUGAGGCCAGUAAAGUCUGGCGCCAUCACAAAUCCAGACCGGACCCAUGUCGAUCACAUAGCACCUGCUCCUCUGUGUCUGACUCUCUCUGUUCAGGUGGAUGCUGAGAGACACUGCUCCAUCAACAGCCACCCAUCCCCAUUCAUCCCCACCAGUUUUCUUUUCAGUGCAUUUCAAGACAAAGUACAUCAAUAUUGAAGGGAACUUUCUGAUGCACUAAUAAGCCAUUAAGUUUGUUUCAUUGACACUUUUCUGUGACUCCUGUCAUUUAUUGUGUAAUUAAUAAUCAGUGUAGUUAUGAGUAUAGUUUAGUUGUUGUUUAAAGUUUUAAACAAGACAGUUUCUCUCAGCAUAACAAGAGUAAAUCCUGUUACCACAAGCGCCUGAUUGUACAGUAUCAUUUGAUGACAAUAAAAAGUUAUUUUUCAUAUGCA